AUGACAGAGCUACCCCCAGAGAUUCUACUUGCGGUCUUCGCGCACCUUUCCAAAAACGACUUGAUAUCAGUUUCAUUGACAAAUUGGAAGCACCGGUACUUAAGUCUCCCAUAUCUCUUCCAUACUCUGAAAGUAAAAUCCUCACUUUCUGGGCUCAAUCGUCUGCAAAAUGUGUCGAAAUCUUAUGUUUCUACGUAUGUGAAAAUCUUAUGCUAUGAGGCAUCGGAAUUGAUUGACCCUAAUAUUCAGCGUUUGGAUUACUUUAAGAGUUGCAUUUAUACCUCAUCUGAGUUCGUCCGGGACCAGAACGACUCAUUCUGGGGCAGAGGUGGAGAGAGGGUCACGUAUAACUCAAUUUAUUCUUAUUUCAACUGCUUAGCCAAAGAGCAGCAAAGGAUCUUGGAUACGAGGGAAGACUUGAAAGCUUUCCGCAGAUCUAUACCCCGUUUCGCCUCGCUCCACAGCGUCCAUAUUACCUAUGUUGCAGGUGUUCAUAAGAGUUAUCUCUGGUUCGCGCCUCGAGUCUUCGCUGAUUGGAACUACUCAUUUAUAAUACACCUUGAAACAAUCAUCGACGCUAUGGUUGUGGCCAAAGAGAACGAUAUUCUGGUUAGAUGUUUUCAAAUAUCUGGGUUCUACGCUCACCCAAGGGCCUGUGUUGGUAGUCUCCGACACAAAAUGGCGGAUGGACUAAGCAAUAUUGAAACACUCUGUCUAGAUGACAGUCCCAAUUUGAUCGAUUUCAUGUCGAAAGUCCACCUCCCUGUUCUCCGUCAUUUUGAGCUCGGACGCUGCUGGGUCACAUAUGAGGACAUUCAAAGUGUCUUGAACGCGCAUUUACAGGUCCGGUCUGUGCAACUAUCGAAAAUAUGGCUCCCCGAAAGACUACGACUAGAGCUAUCCUCUCUAGGAGAGAUUCAAGGGGAAUAUCGUGAUAACAGAGUCGAGGGGAACAUUACUAUUAAUGUGGAUAGAUAA